CUCGCAUUACCCCGUGUUAGCUGACGAGAGAAGCCAAAGGAGCUCCUCAAGCAGGGAUGGGCUGCAGGAUUUGGGAUGGUUUGCUGCUUGCGGGUUACAUCUCUUUUCACCUGUUUGGCGGGAAGUGCGUUGCUGCUUUUCAAGGACUUGUCCCAGUUCAUCAGCGCAAUACUAUUACAAAGGAUGAUCAGCUACAGAUGAUCGAAAAGGAGGAUCAGCUCAAGAUGUUCGCAAAGGAAUCCAAGGAAGACCAGCUCAAGAUACUUGACUUGGAAGGUCAGGUGCAGGGAUGGGCUCACACUUAUUCGGGCAUUCAAGUCCAACACCACAACUUGCACGCGGAGAACAUCUCCAAUUACAACAUUACUUGUGUGCCAAAGGUUUGGCUCCUCCUCUCUGGGCUCUAUCGUUCCUUGAAAUAUGUUCGCCCCAGCAUGCUGAACAUGCUUCAGCGUUCAGCCGGCGACUGCUGGUUUGUGACUCUGCUGGUCUCCUCUUAUGAUGGCAUAGAUCUUGCGAUUCUUCAGGAUGACUACCAGUUUUUCCAGGGACGCUUUAGUUUUGUCUCAGUGAUUCGCUCUGGCAUUGCGAAACCCAAAGGAUAUGCCUACGCUGUCCACUGGCAUGGCUGCUGGUGGAUCGCGCAACAGAUUCGAGAAGCGUUGAAAGGGAAAGCAGCCAUGGACCCAAGUAGCACCAUCGUACUUCGCCAUCGGCCCGACGAGUGCUUUCGUCACUGCUUCGACGUGGAGGCUGCGGCCGCCGCCUUCACGCGGUGGCGGUACUUGAUUUUGGGGCAGCCUAUCUCUGCCGACAACGGCCUCACCACCAACUGGGCCACCUACAGCAACCUCAUUGCACCUGGCCUUGCAGCGAAUCGAAGCAGCAACUUGUUUCUCAGCGCCAUGUCGGCCAGCUGGUCCAAGAGCGAAUACUGCAACGGGAUGUUGGAUCCCGGGGAGUGUGACCAUGGAAUCCCAUAUUGCCUCAUGAACAAGAACACUGCGCCCUGCCGACCUCCGGUUCUGCUGAGUUGGCAGCAGCAUUGCCUGUGCCGCUUGCAAGGGAAAGGGUCCAGCGAAACCUCGCUCUGUAUUGAUCGAAAGCCACCAGAUUUGCCGCUUGACGCCUGCAUGGACAUCACCAAGGGCACCAAAUGCAUCCUGCCCAGGAGCGGUUGGCAAAAGCUGCCUCAGCAGCUCUUACCACCUGCGUGGCAGCUGAAAGGUGGCCUCAAGGAUUCGGGGAAUGUGGCCUACAUGCGGCCCACGUCGAAGAAGGGUUACCAGACUUGCAAGGCAGGGCGAGAUCUGUGAAGUGCUGGACUGGCCAAACAAGUGGAGCGCAAGAUGAUCAGAUGCUGGAUUUGUGAAGCCAUGUCCUACCCAGCGCGCUCAUGAACGCUAGGUGUGCCAGGACGCAAAAGUAAGGGUCGCACAAAACAUGGCGCUGAGAGCAGGCGGGCGAGGCAGGCGAAAGAGUCGGAGUGGCACGCCACGCUUGCAGAGCUAAGGUCGGGUGUCCAACCCGUUUUUUUCCACCUCCAUGACUCAAUGACUCCAUGUGUACCAAUUCGGCCCUUCUGCAACUCACUCCUUUCGGUCAUUUGCAAUUGCUUGCUGAAAGACACAUUCAUUUCGAGCCCAGAAGUACCACACUUCAUGUUUCAAGGAUAGUUUGGUUCAUGUUUGCUAGGAUAGC